AUGGAACUUGUAAUGGCCUUUGGCUCUCUGGGAAUUCUUUCUUAAAAAUUGGAUCAUCCACUUUGUUUGCUGGUGUGAUGAAUGCUGCCAGAUUGCAAAGAAAGUUGAAGUCUUAAGAGCCAAAGUCAUUCCUUUUCCCUGAGCCUGGAAAAGUGGUUAUGGUUUUAAACGUGGACCAUGCAUGGAAACAUGCUUGCUUCUUCUUGCUUGACUUUGACUACAUGAAGAUCUGCCUCAGUAACUUAAAGGCAGUACUUGGUUUGGUGGUAACAGUUAUUGCUACCAGAUUGCAAGAACAUUCAACUUGGUACCCUGGAGCCCAAGCAAGAGGUGCUUCUUCAGAAUUCAAGGACUUGAUGUUUUCUUGUGAAGUGAAAUUCCAAGCUGGAGGUCAUGAAGUUAGGUGCAUAGAGAGGGAAAGACAAGUACUUCUUGCAUUUAAGCAAGGUUUGGUUGAUGACUAUGGUGUGCUUUCCUCCUGGAGAAGUGAAGAAGAGAAAAGGGAUUGUUGCAAAUAGAGAGGAGUUCAGUGUAGCAAAGCAACUGGGCGUGUAAUUGAGGUUAUUCUUCAGGAUUGCUCCUUAAGAGGUAAGCUAUGUCCUUUCCUGUUUGAGUUGCAGAGUUUUAACUUAUUUGUACCUUUGUUGAAUUGGCUUUACAUUAUAUUCUCUUAUCAAUUCACUCUACCCAACUAAAAAAUAUCUUGAUCC